AUGAAGAGGAAGUUGAAGAGCUUCGAAGACUGCAGCAACCACAAGAAGAGAAAGGACACUGAAGGCUUUAAAGACAAUCAUCGCGUCAAAAGAAUGACAAGAGGAAACAAAAGCCGCGAGAAGAAAUCGGAUCGUGACCAAGAGAUUAAGAAACUCAACACGAAGAGAAAAGAGAAAAGCAUGGAAGACAAUGAGAACCAUAAGAGGAGGAAGGUGGAUGGCGUUAAAAUGGAUACAGAACACAAAAAGCAGAAGAACGGGAAUGACAGAGAAGAAAAAAAGAGGAUGAGGAUGGACUGUUUUAAUCCCAUUAUGGACCGCAUCAAGAAGAGGAAGCAAAAGGACACGGAAGAAGACAAGAACCAGAACAAGAAGAGGAAGACGCAGGAUACUGAAGAACACAGAAACCAAGACAACAAGAGGAAAACCACAGAAGACCUCGAGAAGCAGGUAAAGAAGAGCAAGAGUGAGAACAGUAAAUAA